GUAACCCCCAUCGACGUUCCCAAGGGUCACGAAGCGAUCAGAGAAACCACUCCUAGAUUUGUCCACACUAAGACGCCCACCAUGACGAAGAGCUCGUGUCUCUCGUACCCCAGGCCAGAGUCAUUCCAGACAUGGACCCCGAUCAAUCCACGCCCUCUUCUUCCCAUCCAGCCACCCCCAUUGCAGGGGCUGGCGCUUCCUCCGCUUCCUUCCCCCACUCGGGAUGCAGCAUUCGGCCCUGCGUACACACUCACCACGCAUCUCGUGCCCUCCGCGUUUCCGCGCUCCUCAGCCGAUAUACCCCAGCCGCAAGUGCCUGCACACGAGACGAAGGUGGAACGCAAGGCGCGCGUGGCGAGGGUUGCGAAGGAAAUGCUCGCUCUUAAGGAGAGGCAGGAAGCUGGGGAGUCGCUCGGCGAGGGCAGCAGAGCUGUGCUUUGGAACUCACUCAAUCGAUACGUUCGGAAUGAGGUUGGAGGGCAGGAGCGGCACACACGGAAGAAACACUUGACGCUGUUUUGUGCGCAUGCAAACGGCAUGCACAAGGAGACGUAUGAGCCGAUGCUCCGACACCUCCUCUCUCAAUCUGACGCGUCGUACGAAAUUGACGAGAUCUGGACGUUUGAUUCAGUCCAACACGGAGACUCUGGACUCGUAAACGCGGCGCAGCUACGCGGAAUGUUUGACUGGGCAGACAACGCGCGCGACAUACUCAGCUUCUUUCUGAAUUAUCUCCCCGACGGCGUGUCCUCCGAGCCUUUGCCGACGCACUUGGAACGCGUACCUUCGGCCGUCGCGGAUCAGCGUCGCGCGAGUGGGUUCAACCAGCGAUCAUUGGUGUGUGUCGGACAUUCAUACGGCGGCUGCAGUCUCGUUAUGGGGGCGCACGAUUCCCCUGCCCUAUUUUCUUCGCUUAUUUUGGUCGAUCCCGUCCUUAUCCCGGAAGGGUACGACAGGAGUGCAGUCUUGCCUGGAAUGGUGCUCGCAGCGGUCGCGCGCCGCGACAUCUGGUCUUCACGGGAAGAAGCUCAUAAACUUCUGAGCGCGUCCCCGUUCUUCGGGAGAUGGGACCCAGAAGUGCUGAAGGCCUAUGUCGAGCACGCGAUCACCUCCGACGGGACUGGAAACGUCACGUUGAAGACCAGCGGAAUACAGGAAGCAGUCGUGUUCCUCGAAAGCCUUGUCUGUAGCGAAGCGUUCGCACUCAUGCCAAAGAUAGACGAGCGGAUAUCCCUCAAAUGGAUCAUGCCAGGACCCCCCGAGGAAGGGAUUGCAGGCGAUGCGGUUUCCCGCGAGCGGGUGUGGUUGAGGCCGCAGAAUGCGUCGAACGUGAGGAUACUCGGCGCUGGCCAUCUUGCUGUGCAAGAAAAGCCUCUAGAAGUCGGUGAGGCCAGCUCUCAAUUGUGCAGACGCGUGCGUGAUCGCUAA